AUGAACAGCGAGCCACUUUCUCUAAUAGGAGUGAAGCGAACGCGUUCUCCUUCGCCGCUAGGCAACGUACUGCAAAAUGUCAAACAAGCGCGCGGUCCCGAGUCUACGUCGGUAAAUACAGACUUAUCAAGGACUGGUACUGAGUCCGUCUCAAGUCUUGGACCUAAAGUUGCAAAUAAAAACGUACCUUCAUCUUCAUCUUCGUCUUCAUCUUCGUCUUUGUCUUCGUCUUCGUCUUCGUCUGCUACUUCUUCAUCGACUCAAAGUCAGCCUUCUUCUUCAAGUGAAGUAUUUGGAUUGCGAUCUGGGUCUUCACUUUCAUCAUUGGAAACUUCGACUAACCCCACUGUCGAUAUAUCUUUUGGAUCUUCCUCGACACCUACGUCCUCAAUCACUCCAAUGUUUAAUAACACAUCUGAAACGGCAGCUGCUGAUUCAAGUUCUGCUUCGGCUUCGGCUUCUGCUUCUGCUUUGGCUUUGCGGUCAAAGUCUCGUCAACCAUCUACUACUGAGCUUGCGUCUGCUUUAGGCGUGAGUUCUAAACCUCGGGAGCGACGUAAGUGGACUGAAGAAGAAGACACCAAGUUGCGGACCCUUGUUGCUGAAUGGGGCGAUCAAAGGGGGAAAAAUAGUAAUUGGGAUAAGAUUAGUGAAAGUAUGGAAGGCCGGAGCAGCAAGGAUUGUCGUAAGCGAUGGUUUCAUUCGCUUGAUCCGACAUUACGAAGAGGCCGGUGGACGCCGGACGAAGACCGAAUGCUUAUCGAGGCAUAUGAGAGUAUGGGGCCGUCGUGGAAUCGUAUUGCACAACUUAUUACGGGCCGUACCGAUGAUCAAUGCUCAAAAAGAUAUAACGAUGUGCUUGACCCGCGCAUUAAAACUCGUUUACGUGAAUGGACGAAAGAAGAGGAUACUAUGUUAAUGCAACUGUUUAAAGAAGAAGGUCCUCAGUGGAAAAUCAUUGCAAACAAAAUGGAAGGUCGCACUGGCUUAACUUGCCGUAACCGUUGGCGAAAACUUGCGAACAAUUCGGUUGGAGGAUCAAACUCCACAAGUAGUAAUUCUCAGCAACAACAGCAACAAGGCAGAAACUCUUUAUCUGAGGUACGAAGAAACAGCAGCCAUAAUAGUAACAAUAACUCUCAAAGUCAAGAUACACAAGAUACACAGCCAUUAUCACCAGAAUCAGAGCAGGCAUCAUCAAAUCAUUCUACUCCAUCAUCAGUUCAUUCUGCAAGUGCUGUGCCUCCUCCGCCUUUUCAAAAUUCAAGGGAGGCGGCUAACCCUACAGCAAUUGUACCAGAUAAUUCGAGUGCCAUAAAUGUGCAAUAUUCUGGCAGCCCUCAAUUUACCGCCAACUCUGCUCAACCGACUAACAAUAACAGUAACAAUAACCGUAACAAUAACAAUAACAAUAACAGUAUUAACAACAAAAACAACAACAGUAAUAGUAAUAGUAAUAGAGCACCCGGUCCCGGAUACUUAAACUCAUCAGGUGGAUAUUCAGGGCAGGAAACGCUGCUUGAGCGAUCACUUUCAAUUUUACGAGGAUCAGAAGCCACUGCGUUUCUUCAAAAUGUUUCCAACUUUGCUGCUGAGACAGAAGCAGCUGUUGCUGCAGCGGCAGCCAUACCUGUUGGAAAUAACCAAGUUUUGAGCAACAAUUCCAGCGCAGGCGCUAAUAAGACGACAGGCACAGGUGCAGGUGCAGGAGGUUCAACCUCUCGAACAAACAAUGGUCUGACUACUAACGUUGUUAAUCCGCAAAACAGUACAAACAGUACAAACAGUACAAAUACAACGAGUUCAAAAAACACUCACUAUACAUUUGGAUUGGAUGGACCUUCAGGUGUGCUAACCCAGAAACCUUCUUACGAUGGUUCUAAUCCACAGUUUUCAUCAGCAAUAGAUGACAAUAAUGGCAGUACAGUUGCUCUUAAGCAAGAAGACAUUGAGCGAAUUGUGAUGACAGCUAAACGACUUGGAGUCGCUGUAAUUGUACAUCAGCAUAAUCAUCACAAGCACGAGAAUCAUCACCACCAUCAUUACUAUAAUGGCGACGCGCGGGCCGAAGGCGCCAACUCAGCAGAUGGGCCAACCUCAGACACCAGCAACAGAGCUCAUGGUACGGCUGCUGUCAACAACAGUAAUAACGGUAACAAUAACAAUAACAAUAAUAACGAUGAUGAUGAUGGAUCAACCCCUCCGUUCUUGCGGGCACACCCUGAAUUCCGGGAGUUGGAACAAAUGGACAUGGACACAGAUCCACUUGGAUGGUUUGGAACACCGUUCCCGAGUGCCAAUGUUUCAAAUAAUAUACCAGGUCCUACGCUGACGGGUGGUGUUAGUAGGGGUGUUGGUGGAUAUAAUAAUUCUGGUGGAGACAAUUAUUCGAAUGGAUUAAAUGGUGGAUCAUCAAUGAUGAAUAGUUAUUCUGGGAAAGGUCCUAGUCCUAAUCAUUAUGAAGAUAUUCCAUUCAAUCCGUCUUAA